AUGUCAGGACCAAGGCCGGUCGUGUUGAGUGGCCCAUCAGGAGCUGGGAAAAGCACCCUACUGAAGAGGCUCCUGCAAGAAUAUGGCACUAUCUUUGGCUUCAGUGUGUCCCAUACCACGAGGAACCCACGGCCUGGAGAGGAGAACGGCAAAGAUUACUAUUUUGUGACCAGGGAGGCCAUGCAGAGAGACAUUGCUGCAGGUGACUUCAUUGAGCAUGCCGAGUUCUCAGGGAACCUGUAUGGGACAAGCAAAGCGGCUGUCCAGGCAGUGCAGGCCAUGAAUCGCAUCUGUGUGCUGGACGUGGACCUGCAGGGUGUGCGAAACAUCAAGAAGACAGACCUGCAGCCGCUCUACAUCUGUGUGCUGGCGCCCUCCCUUGAGGUCCUGGAGCAGCGGCUGCGAGCCCGGAACACAGAGACAGAGGAGAGCCUUGUUAAGCGGCUGGCCACUGCCAAGGUCGACAUGGAGAGCAGUAAGGAGCCAGGCCUGUUUGACCUCGUCAUCAUCAAUGACAACCUGGACAAGGCCUACUCAAUUCUGAAGGAGGCUCUCUUCGAGGAAAUCAAGAAAGCUCAAGGGACCGACUGCUCCUGA